AUGGCUCCUACAACUCCUAGUCUCUUUGUUGCUUAUCUAUGUCAAGUCUGCACAGGCACGCUGUUCUUCAACCUGACCUCUUCCCUGGCCCUGUUCUGCAUCACCUUGUCCAGUGAUGCUCGCUCUGGUCUGUGCCUCGCCGCCCUGUGGGUCGUACUUUUCACUCCCUGCUCCUUUAUCUGCUGGUAUCGACCUGUGUACAAAGCCUUCAGGAAUGACAGCUCCUUCAACUUCUUUGCCUUCUUCUUCAUUUUCUUUGCCCAAGUGGUUGUCUUUGUCAUCAUGACCAUCGGCAUCCCUGGUUGGGGGUUCAGUGGUUGGAUUGUGAGCCUUUCAGCUCUGAGCUUCAGUUGCAUUGCCGGUGCGAUCAUGAUGAUCAAUGCCACUCUUUUUACUGCAGAAACCGUCAUGUCAUGUUCAACUCAGGUUGAACAUGACAUAAAUGUCACUUAGAUAACUUAGAAAUGUUCAUGUUUGGUUCAUCUUAGUG